AUGUCUGCUGAAUACAAGCCGAAGUCGCAAAAGAAGUGGUGGAAGGAGCUCUUGGGGCGGCGUCGUGCGGCCUCGCAGGCUCCGUCUGCCACGCCGUCGACAACAGACGUCCGGUCAUCCGAUCAGGGAAAUGCAGAACACGGAUCGAAAGCGUCUUUCAUUAUCGCGACAAAGUCAUAUGCUCCUGCCUCCCCGUCUGCCGCCGCGGCGAACCCCCCCCAAUCCCGCACAGGUGCGAGAGUCCCCAACGAUCACCAACCACCAGCAGCAUCGCAAGCACUGCCUCCUGCUCUGCCCGCUGAACCCGCACCUAAACCACUGCCGACCGAAUUCACAGAGCCACCGACCCCUGUCCUUUCCGUGUCCGAGAGACUGUGGAACGCCGCGUACGACAGCCUUGAGGCGGACAAUGCAGAGCUUGUCAUGUCAUACGCGAAAACGUUGGAAACAGUUCUCGGAGCCAACCCAGGCGUUGCUUCUGACCCUAACGUCUUGGCCGAGCUCCAUAACCCCACCAAACGACAGAUGCAUAUGAGGAGGCUGGUGGAGGAAGGCCGGGCGAAAAUUUCCAGAGCGUCCAAGAUAACGAACGGAGUAGGCGGCGUCGCCGAUUUCGUCCUAUCGGUCAAGGGAAUAAUUGAUCUAGCUGCCCAAAGCGUGCCGCAGGCCGCGCUUCCGUGGGCUGGUGUUUGCGUUGGGCUGCAAAUUCUCCGGAAUCCUGCGCAAGCGACGAAAUCGAACCUUGCUGGUAUCGCCCAUGUCAUCUCCAGAAUGGACUGGUACUGCGCCCUCACCGAACAUCUCCUGAACAAGCACAACAUCGCCGGCGGCGGCGACCUGCAGGCAGUCUUACACCAGCUGGAGGGGGCAGUCGUCGAGCUCUACAAGGCUCUUCUCAUGUACCAGAUGAAGAGUGUUUGUUCUUACUAUCGCAACCAAGGUCUCGUCUUUCUUCGCGGUAUGCUGAAUUUGGAGGAUUGGGACGGCGACCUGAAAGGCGUUACGGACGCAGAAGCCAUCGUCCAAAACGACAUCGCCCAAUUCUUCCAAGAACAGACGAGGACUUUCCUAGGGGAGCUCGUCAGUCGCGCUGAGGGGAUGGAGGCACGGCUCGGCGACGUCCAUCAGACGCUUCAGAGCUUCAUCUCACUACAGAAGGAUGCCCGCCGGGAUGAUAUUGAGUCAGCCUGCCGCAGGGAUCUCCGCGUCGUUGAUCCGCAACACGACAUGGAACGUAUCGAGAACAGUAAGGAUGACCUGCUCGAUGACGCGUACAGGUGGAUCCUUCGCACCCCGGAGUAUGCAGCGUUCACAAACUGGGACGAUAGCGGAUCUGAUCAUCCGCCACGUCGAUUGCUCUGGAUAAAAGGACACGCUGGCACGGGAAAGACGAUGCUCAUGAUCGGCCUCAUUCGCCAACUCUCGCAUCAGCCUGUUGCCCUAUCACCCGCGCUUUCUUUCUUCUUCUGCCAAGGCACAGAUGCAGCCCUGGACAACGCCACCGCCGUCCUCCGGUCUUUGAUCUGGCUUCUCCUUCUUCAGCAGCCACGGCUCCUAUCCCAUCUACUGCAGAAGUACAAAGAGUCGGGCGCCGAUCUCUUCAGGGACAAAAAUGCCUUCAUCGCCCUGUCUGAGGCGUUUCGACAUAUGUUGAAGGAUCCUCAAUUGUCGCCUGUGUACCUCGCCGUCGAUGCACUUGAUGAGUGUGCGCAGGGGCGGUCGGACCUCAUCCAUCUCAUUUCGACUUCUCUCACACUCUCUCAGAAUGACCGAAGCACUAACUCCCUGGACGCUUCUAACUCCCUUGUCGAGCUGCAUACGCAACGUCUGGUAGCACCUGUCAAUGCAUAUAUCGACCACAAAAUCACGAUCCUCAAGCGCAGAAUAGGAUACAACGACAGUGUUUUAGCCGAGGUGUCACACGAAGUCCGCAAACGAGCAGAGAACACCUUUCUGUGGGUUGCCCUCGCGUUCAAAGUCCUCGGGACAGUGCAUGGAGGGUACGCUGUCGAGCGUAUCAGAGAGAUGCCUCCUGGGCUGUCGGAGUUGUACGAUCAUAUGAUGACCAGGAUUGAGAAGGGGCAAGUGAUUAAACCCCAGGACUGUAAGACAGUCUUGGUGGUCACCUCUCUUGUCUUCCGCCCGCUGUCUAUCUCAGAGCUUUCCGUACUUGUCGGUCUGCCAUUGGACAUCACAGAGACGGCUAUCGAGAUGUGCGGCUCUUUUCUCACGAUCGCUAAGGGAACAGUCAACUUGAUCCACCAGUCGGCAAAAAAUUACCUGGAGAAGAAUUACAAGUUUCGACUUCAGUCAGCUGGGCCCGCUCAAGGGCAAUGCGAGAUUGUCAGACGCUCGAUAGAUGCGAUGUCCUCAACGCUAAGACGCAACAUGUACAGCCUCGAACUUGGCUUCUCACCGAAGGAUAUGGCGCCUCCCGAUCCAGAUCCGCUGGCUCCAAUACGAUACUCUUGUGUCUUCUGGCCCGACCAUCUCUGCUCCCUGAACAGCGACAACUCCAGGUUCCUGGGAGAAUUGACGGACGACGGGAAGGUGUUUGGAUUCCUGAAGGAAUACUUCCUUCGCUGGCUUGAGAGUUUGUCUCUCAUAGGGCAACUUUCUAGUGGGCUGCUCUCGAUAAGAAAAAUUCUGAAUGCCGCUCAGAUAUAUGGCUCCGCGCUCGUAUUCAGCCCAACCUUGAGCGAGAUCAGAAAUCGGUAUUGGAAGGAAAGGCUGUCUUUUAUCGAAAUGACCGCUGGCAUUAGAGACCGCUGGGGCGCGCACCGGCAGACGCUCGAGGGGCAUGGCGGCUGGGUCAUGGCAGUGGCGUUCUCGCCGGACGGCAACACGCUAGCGAAUGGUCAAUGUCUCGAGACAGACCGAGGGCUGCUGAGCGUAAACUCCGACGCUUCAAGCAGCUCUGGAGACCAGAAACCCGCCAGCAGUUCACUCUUCGUCGGCGACGAUUGGGUUACAAGAAAUGGGAAGAACAUGCUUUGGCUUCCUCCCGACUAUCGGGCAACAUGUGUGGCGGUCCAUGUAGGCUCUUGUAAGGCACUGACACCGGAAUCCAAGUUCUAA